AUGUCCGAGAAAAUCUCGUCGUCGCUUGACUCGAAGGAGGCAUCUGUCUCUAUCGUCCAAGAGUUGCCCAAACCUCAAAAGAUCAAUGGGUCUUCUGGUGUCCUCGCCGGUGGUGGCUCGGUCGAGCUGUACGCCCCAAUCGCAGAGUACGAAGGGAAACAUCGAUAUGAUCCAACGGCAGAAUGGACAGAGAAGGAAGAGAAAGUCCUUGUCAGAAGACUCGACUACAGAAUUUGCUCCUGGGUGUGCCUGAUGUUUUUUGCACUUCAGCUGGACCGUGGCAAUAUUUCUCAAGCACUGUCUGACGGUAUGCUUGAUGACCUCGGCCUGUCAACCAACCAGUACAACUAUGGUAUGACGAUCUUUUACCUCUGCUUCCUGUGUGCAGAGGUACCCUCCCAGAUGAUCUCGAAAAAGCUCGGCCCCGAUAGAUGGAUCCCUAUACAGAUGGUUCUUUGGAGUGUUAUCGGUAUUUGCCAGGGCUUUGUCAGUGGCGAGCAGAGCUUCUAUGCUACAAGAGCGCUGCUGGGACUGGUAGAAGGUGGCUUCAUCCCUGAUGCACUUCUCUACCUCUCAUACUUUUACACAAACGCUGAACUUCCGAUGCGGGUCGCCUUCUUCUACUGUGCAUCCAACGGCACUGCCAUCGUUGCCGCGUUCUUGGCUUUUGGCAUCCUACACAUGCGGACAGUGGGUGGCUGGGCAGGCUGGAGAUGGUUGUUCGUGCUCGAAGGUGCUUUGACUUUGUUGAUCGGCAUUGUAUCCUGGUUUUAUCUUCCUCCAAGCCCAACUGAAACCAAGAGCUGGUUCCGCGGCAAAGAUGGAUGGUUUACAGAAAGGGAGGAAGUCAUCAUGGUCAACCGAGUGCUUCGUGAUGACCCCGCUAAGGGUGGCAUGCACAACCGCCAAGGCUUGACUUUGAAGCUUCUCUGGGAUGCGCUCAUGGACUAUGAUCUGUGGCCGAUGUACCUGAUCAGCUGGACCAUGCUGAUUCCCACCAAUCCCCCCACAGCCUACUUGACCCUCUUUUUGAAGUCGCUUGGAUUCGAUACAUUCCAAGUCAAUCUUUUGACCAUUCCCGGAUAUGUGCUGUUUUUGAUUCAGCUGGUCUUCUGGUCUUGGAUAUCUGAAAAGAUCAACAACCGCAUGGCGAUUGUCUUGUUCUACUCCUUGUGGUGUUUCCCUCUUUUGCUAUCACUGGAACUUCUUCCUUCCACUGCAAGUGCAUGGAGUUGGUAUGCUCUUACUGUGCUGAUCAUUGGUUACCCCUAUAUCCAUUCUAUCAACGGUAAGCUCCCUUGUGUCUUUCACUUUUCACAAUUUCUGACAUUACUUCUCCUUUCAGUCAGUUUGAUUUCGCGCAAUGCAGGCUCUGUGCGCACACGCACCGUGGGCAGUGCAGUAUAUAACAUGAUCUGCCAAGCAGGAUCCAUCAUUUCUUCCAACAUCUAUCGAGAGGAUGACAAGCCCUACUACCGAAAGGGUAACAAGAUUCUUCUUGCGCUUGUUGCGUGGAAUGUUGUUAUGACCAUCUUCAUCAAAUGGUACUAUAUUCGGAGAAACAAGAAGCGUGAACAAAUUUGGGAUAGCAUGACUCCCGAGCAAAAGGACGACUACUUAACAACAACAAAAGAUGAGGGCAACAAGAGACUGGACUUCCGGUUUGCACAUUAA